AUGCUAUCAAAAACAAACUAUGAAUUCUAUUCAUGGGAUGAAGGCGAGGCAUAUGGAAUCAUCCAUAAAAUGCCUUGGACGCUUAACGAUUAUGUAAAACAACAACAACAUGACUUGUAUUUACUUGGUGAUGGUCGUAGUAAUGUGUCUACUAUUGUUGAUGAUCGAUGCUUUUCAGAUUUUUCUUUUUUUGAAGGUUUGGCUAGAAUUAAUGAAGCAAGUUUUAAAAGAUUGAUAGCUAUGGCACCCAUUAGCUUCAGAAAAGAUGAAAGAGUUAUUCCAUUUCUAUCAAGCAACGCAUCUGCAUUCAAAUAUUUGCAUGAAUCUCUAAGGCAUGACAAAAAGUUGCUAAUGCAAAUGUUAGCUGUGAAUGGAAAUAUUUUGAAUAUUUAUCAUCUGAAGAGUAUCAAAAGAAGCUGCUUUGCAAUUGGUGAAAUGUUCCCCAAGGCAUUUCGAUGGAUUUCUGGUUCCGUAAAAAAGGACCACAGAGAAGUAACUAGAGCAGCAAUUGAGACAUUUUUUGACGCUCUUAGAUUUGCUCUCGAUGAAACAGAUGAAGAGUUUAUGGAACUGGCAAGACAAUCACUGAGCCAAACUAUUAGAAAAGGAAAAGAAGCUUUGUGUGAAAUUCACCAAUUCAUACCAAACAAUAUUGGAAGUUAA